CUUCUCCCACAAGUGGGAGUCGGGGACCCUGUCUCCCAUUUUGACGCUCGGAACAAGUCAAGUGAAGACCAGGUCAAGUUGCAAAGUGGCCCCUCCCUAUUACUUCAUGACUUUACAUCUCACCAAACGGCAUAAUGGUUUGAAGUUUCGUAAAUCGCUAUGCAAUUCUAAUCAUUUUGUACGUCGACGGACAGGCCUGGCCAUGAUGAAAAAAUGAUCAGCUGUUUGUGAAGCAUGCUGAACUUUGACCUGAAAAAGGCUCUCCGUUUCUAAUUUCCAGAUUCAAUCUCUACGGAUACAGGGUCGCUGUCCUUCUAGAGGGUGGUAUAUAAGUCGUUUGGACUAAGCAAUAGGCCACAACUGGACGUUGAACGCCAACGUCCUUGUCCUUUCAAUCUCGAAUUCGACUCUACAUCAUGGCUGCCUUCGUCAAAAAGCUCACCUUCCAAUCCAACAACCUCGGCGCAGACCUCGAUCUUGUUCUCGCUUUCGACAGUCAGCCUAUCGAUGACCUGUACAAGAACUGUUACCCAUUGGCUUUUGCGGUCAGGAAAUUUGGGGCCAACGGCACCUACCGCUCCGAUGUCACAUAUCGAUCACAACUUGCGUUCACCAAGGUUACUGUUUCCCAUGAUGACAUCGAACAUACUUCGAUCGAUGUUCCUAUUCAGGUUGGGCAAUCUACCGCUUUAAUCAGGCAGGGCUUUGCGCACCAUUUUUCCCAUCCCAAAACCGACCCCUCGGUGCCGAAUAAAAACAUUCAAUGCACAAACAACGUACCAUUCAAGGAGGAUAUAGGCAUUGGUUUCAUCGAGAAGGAAGGGGGCAAGCCAAGGACGGUUCUAGUUUGGCACGGCUUAGGGCACGGGCAUAAGGUGAACGUAGAGUUUACUCCGGUUCUACGCGGGUAUAUUGGCACGGACUACAAGGAUAACUGCUUGAUCAAGGGCCAAAUCGAGACUGAUCGUCUCUUCGAACAAGAUCUUACUGCUCUCGAGGACGAUACUACGUGGACCAUCACGUAUGAUUCCUCCACCAAAGUCUUCAGCAUCAAGAAGAUUUGAGAUUCAAGUUCUAUGACCUUGGGAUAUUUCCUUUGUGUUCAAAUUGUUUACCUUUGACUUGGAAUCUGGUUUCAAAUGUUGACUGCUGUCGUGUACUUCAAUAUGUUUGUGCUCUUUCAAUGAUGUCGUUACUACGUCGCAAACCAUUUGUGUUUGUUGUCCUGUGAGUGCUCCGUUUUCAGCCCAUCGGCAAAUUAUUGCGAGGUAGUGUCCAAAGUCAGUCGACAAUCCCCAGAGUGGCAG